UGUUCGGCGAUCGAGGCGGCAAGAUGGCGGCGCCCGGGGGCUCUGCUGCCGCCUCAGUGUUGAAAGGGUUAAUUCAGCAAUUUACCGCCAUCACGGGUGCCAGUGAAAGUGCAGGCAAACAUAUGCUUGAAGCAUGCAACAAUAAUCUGGAAAUGGCUGUCACUAUGUUCCUUGAUGGUGGAGGCAUUGUUGAAGAACCCAGCACUAGUUCUGCAAGUGUAUCAAACCUGCGACCACAUACAGAAGAUGAAGUGAGGGCACCUAUUCCUCAAAAGCAAGAAAUUCUGGUAGAACCCGAACCCUUAUUUGGUGCACCAAAAAGACGCAGACCAGCUCGUUCAAUAUUUGAUGGCUUUCGGGAUUUCCAGACAGAAACUAUUCGGCAGGAGCAAGAAUUAAGAAAUGGAGGAGCCAUAGAUAAGAAGCUCACUACCCUUGCAGAUCUCUUCAGGCCGCCAAUUGAUUUGAUGCAUAAAGGAAGCUUUGAAACAGCCAAGGAAUGUGGUCAAAUGCAGAACAAGUGGCUCAUGAUUAAUAUACAGAAUGUGCAGGAUUUUGCCUGUCAGUGUCUCAAUCGUGAUGUUUGGAGCAAUGAUGCUGUAAAAAAUAUUAUCCGGGAACACUUCAUUUUUUGGCAGGUAUACCACGACAGUGAGGAAGGACAAAGAUACAUACAAUUCUAUAAAUUGGGAGAUUUCCCUUAUGUGUCUAUCCUGGACCCCAGGACAGGGCAGAAACUAGUGGAAUGGCAUCAAUUAGAUGUAACUUCUUUUUUGGACCAAGUGACUGGGUUCCUAGGUGAACAUGGACAACUGGACGGACAUUCCACUAGCCCUCCCCAGAAACGUACUCGCUCAGAGAGCUUGAUUGAUGCGAGUGAAGAUAGCCAGUUGGAAGCUGCAAUCAGGGCAUCAUUACAAGAAACACAUUUUGACUCUGAACAAAUCAAGCAGGAAAGCAGAUCAGAUGAAGAGUCCGAAUCAGAGCUUUUCUCUGGAAGUGAGGAGUUUAUUUCUGUUUGUGGUUCUGAUGAUGAUGAGCCAGAAAGUUCUGCCAAAUCUAGAAAAUCUCCACACAAGGAUUUGGGAUGUAGAAAAGAAGAAGGCAGAAAACCUCAACCUGAACCAAGAACUGAACCCGAGAUGACAAUAAACCACAGGGGACUAUCUUCUCUAGAUUCAGGAGUGCUAGAAGAAACUGAAACUAAGCCAGAAGAUUUACAGAAGGAACCAAGCGUGAAUGGACCAAAAGCACAACUAAUGUUAAGAUAUCCAGAUGGGAAGAGGGAACAGAUUUCAUUGCCUGAACAAGCUAAGCUUCUGAGCCUCCAAAUUCCCAGCCACUGGGAAUUAACUAUUGCUCAAGUCCAACACAUUGAGAGUUGCAUUGUGGAAGGCUGCAUUAAUUCAUCAGCAAUAGCUCAGAUGAAAGAAUUUUCAAGCUCUGAAUCAAAUUUUCAAGCUCUGAAUUAUAGACUCUGA